CUUCAGCUCAGCAAUAUAGUACUGCUGUGUGUUUAAAUGCCCUCAGCCGCUUGUGGGACUCGGUAUGUCGUGGACAUGCUAGUUCAUGCGCACGUACACGCCCGGGCGCACGUGUCAGCACCUGAGCAAACCAUUGGCUUGUGAGAUGCUCAAGGCGUAUAUCACAGCUCGGGCGCUGGAAACCGGAGGCGAGCGCUAACUGUCGCAACUCGUGAGCUCGUAUACUCUUCGCCAACACACUUUCUGUAGCUGCCGCGUCUUCUCGUAGAGCACUCUGAGGAUAUAAAAUGAGUGGCCGCUUGAAAGUCUACAAAAGAGCAGAGCGAAGCUUGCCUCUCACUUCAGGGCCCUGCUGCAGCAGUAACCUGGCCACUAGCAUUAACCAAGUCAGUCACUUUUGUUAAAAAGCAAAUAGAAAGCUUCCAGCUCCCACUCAGCUCAGUCGCGUGCAAAUAUGCCACCUCACAACCGUGUUCUGGUCGCGCUUGCCGUCCUCCUUGUUUCUGGUGCCUAUGCUCAGCCUGGUCGCGGUGGUGGAGGUGGUGGCCCCGGUGGCCUCGGGGGCCCCGGCGGCCCGGGUGGCCCAGGAGGGCAGGGUGGGCAGGGCGGGCAGGGUGGCGGGCCCGGAGGCCUGAUGCCGGGCGGCAGCCCUGGCGAUAUAAUGCCCAGCGGUGGCGGAGGCGGAGGCGGUGGCGGCAACAACGCGGCCUGCCCAAACACCACCUCGGGCGUGGACACGGUGGAGGUGGCACGCAACUCUGACACGUACAAGAUGUUCUUCAGCGGCUGCCCCCAGUACUCGCCCUUCGGCCAGACCACAUCCAACACCCCCAGCUUCCAGAACACCUCCGUCACCUUCCGCGUGGCCCCCAUCAUUGCCGCCGCCCCAACCUACCACAGCCGCAUUAAGGCCGACGGCACCGCAAACCCCAACAUAAUGCUGGGACCCAUUGGCUAUGCUGUAAACGGCAUCCCCAUCUUCAAUGAUGCUGACGCCCUGGGCAGGGAUGCUAUUAUUUACGAGGGAGCCACACUUGAUAACUGCCGCGGCCACGCCGCUCCUGGCGGGCAGUACCACUACCAUAGCGAGCCCGGCAAAGGCUGCGUGUACGCGGACACUGCCGGUAAGCACUCGCCCCUGUACGGCAUCAUGCUGGACUCCAUCCCCAUCUACGGCGCGUACGGCGACAACGGCGUGGCCCCCACUGACCUGGACGAGUGCGGCGGCCACACGGAUGCCACCUACUCCUUCUACCACUACCACGUCACUGCGAACCUCGCCCCGCCUUACAUCACCCGCUGCUUCCGUGGCUGCAUGUCCACGAGCGCCGGCAGCUGCACCCCGGCUGCCACGCAGUACGACUACUCCCCGCUGGCCAUUACCUGGACGGCGCCCUUCCACGUGGCACACGAGGAUGAUGAAACCUCAAGUUCUGCCAGCGGCAGCAGCAGCGGCGGUGACAGUGGCACCUCCCCCGCUGCUAGCACCCCCGGACCGAAGCCCGCUGGCCCCCGCCCUGAGGGCAGCCCCGCUCCUGGCGCCAAGCCCGAGGGCAGCCCUGUGCGUGGCCCACAACCCGAGGACAGCGCCCCCGGCCCCCGGCCCGAGAACGGCCCUGCUCCUGGCCCUGAGCCCGGGGACAGCUCUGCGCGUAGCCCUGUGCCUGCAGGCGGUGCCCCCGGCCCCCGGCCUGAGGACGGCGGCGCUCCCGCAGGCGGCCCCGGCCCCAAGCCCUCGAUUGAGCCACGCAAGCCCGCUGCUUCUCCUAAGAUUAAGAGCCGCCCUUCUCCUCGGGCCCGGCCCAGCCCCCGGCCCGGCAAGCGCGGCCUCUCACGCCGGAUGAUUGAGGCAUAAGUUGUGUUGGACUUUGUGGACUGCUGCAAUACUUCAUGGGUGGGUUUUUGUGAUAUGGGAAGCUGAUGCUUCGGUCCGCAUCAUAGGUAGGCCACAUUGCACAUAUUUGCACACAUACACGCAUACACACUACCACAUCCUUUGUUCAUAUAAGGGUUCGCAUGUAGAGCACGCUCGGUACGACGACACGUAGCUCGAAGACAGCAAUGAUGCCAGCAUUUGACUGCCACGCAGUCGUAAUCGUGUGCAUGCGUUGUUGCACGGUUGUGGGCUGUUGCCCCACGCCAUGUUAGUUGAUGCUGUCGCACACAAGGUUGGGCACACCGCCGUACCCGUGUCAUGUGGGGCGGUUGUCGCCAGGUUUGGGGCAUUCAUUUCUCGCAGGGGUGCAUCUUGGGAUGGCGGCAUAGAUCAUACUUAU